AUGUCAUUAGACCGAAAAAUCAGUCCACUGGCGGAUCCCCAGAACAUUUUCGCCGCAUUCCCGCCGGCUCCACCAAUCAUUCAACCCAAAACACCAUGGAUUUCUGUGGCUGUCACCGGAUUUCUCACUUUUGUAAAUGCCCUACAUUUUUCGAUGUUUUUUGCUCCAGUCUGGCCAUACAUGCAGAUUGUAAGCAUUUUUUUAAAUCGUAUUUUUUAACAAACUUUAGUAUUGCAUAAGGCAGAAAUUUGAAAAUUUAGCCUUCACUCUGCAUUGUGCAAACCUAAACCUAAAAAUUCUCAAAAAGCGGUAAAUCUUCAAAUUCAGAUGGACUCGUCAGCAACAGAAACUUUCUAUGGUGUUGUAGUUGCUUCGUACAGUAUGGGCCAGCUCUGUUCGGCUCCCAUAAUGGGCUGGUGGUCGCAUCGACGUAAAAGUAUAUAUCUGCCCACAUUUUGUUGUGUUUUGGCCUGUCUUUGCGGUAAUAUUUUGUACGUUUGUGCCGGACUAUUACCUUCCAAUCGAAAAUACGCAGUUUUGGCAGCAAGAUUCAUGGCUGGAAUGGGAGAAAGUAAGGUGUUUUAUCAUCAACUAUCAACCUUUUGAGUUUUACACAGUAAUUUCGAAAUUUCUUUUAUUUUCGUUCAAAAAAUAUUAAAUUUUCAGCGUCCAUGAGCCUGAUGAGGACCUAUAUUUCGAUGGCAUCGCUGCCAAAAGACCGCUCGAGAGCAUUGGCUACCAUGAGUUUCGGUUUGGGAAUGGGAACAACAUUAGGACCGAGUAAAAAAUAUUUAAAUUUACAAAUAAUAAUACACUGUUUUAGUCAUCCAACUAUUCCUCAUCCCCAUUGGCUACCCGGGUAUUCAAUUCACAAAACUCUUUGGGAUCAACAUGUACACGGCACCCGCGUACUUCUGCAUGGUCGGGAAUUUGUUGUCAAUUUUGAGUUGGCUCUGUAUUUUCAAGGAGAAAUACGAAAACAUGUCACACCAUGGACCUGGUAAGCCAUACAAUUAAAUAGUAGAUUUUAGGAAUAAUUAUUUGUUUGGGAUUACUGUAAUUUCCAAUCUUUUUAUAUCCAAAACAAAAGCCCAUUCUAAAUAGACGGUUUGUUUCGAGAACAAUUACAUUGGACUAGACCCUGUUAAAAUUGUCAUAACCAAAAAAAUAUGGUACCAAUGUAAUCAAAAAUUCCUAAAAUCGUUACUCACAAUAUAGGCUUUAUUAAAGCUAAAUACCAUUAAACAAUCAUCACUUUCAUAUAAAAUAUACUCCUUAAUUUUUUCAGCGAACAACCCUACCCAUUCCUUACCUCCGGCCGACAAGAAGGCACUCUCGCUGUGUUACCUCACCCGGUUUACUCAAUUCUUUGUUCUGACCAAUUUAGAGACUAUCGGAGCCACAUACGUGAUGGUAAUGUUUGCUUUGAAUAAGCAAGAUACCGUCCAAUACAUGUCCACGGCUCACAUUGGAAUGGGAAUAAUGGCGCUGCUAAUGUACACGGUCUUCAUCAGCGGACGACAUGAUUCGAAGUGGGUUUUGAAAGAAAGAUUGUAGCAAACUUGCAACCUUUUUUCCUUUGAAUAUGGUGUUAGAUUGUCCCAGGAUGUUUCUACGCUGAAUUUGGAGGUUCUAGGCCCUGCGGUUCCCGAGAUACGAGGUGGAAAGAAAAAUUUGUCAACCAGUAUAAAUACUGUAACCGAUUCGUUUCAGAGUAGAUUUUCGAAUAGUCGCAGUAGUCGCUAUCGUUGUGAUGUUAUCAUUCCACCUGAUCACAUUCUCCUGGCCAUUCCUUGGAACCCAGCUCAAGACGUAUUCAGAAAACGGUAAGAUAUAUUUUAAUUUCAGAUACGUUAUGCCUAACUUCUCAUUUUUGUAGAUUGCAAACAAUUUAUUAAUAUCCCAAAGAACGUUUCAGAUUACCUUUCGUAUUUGGCCGGAAAUCGCUCCUCCGAGCCCUUAGGCUGCAAUACCGACCAUUUCACCUGGUGUUAUUCGAUCUCUCCCACCAAUAUUUGGCUGUAUUUUAUUAGUUUCGGUGUGAUGAUUGGCUAUGCCUUCUCGACUAUCAACAUCUCCGUGUCGACCCUAAUGUCCAAUAUAAUUGGACCCCGAAAUCAGGCCAGAGAACAGUCUGUUUUCCAAAUGAUGCAGUCCAUCGCCAGAUUACUCGGCCCCAUCGCAAUCAGUUCUCUUUACACAAGCUUUGGACCCAUGCUUGCUUGGUUAUUGGAGAUUGUUGUACUUGGCCUCACUUUACUGGCUUGGGCUCUGUUUUAUAAAAGAAUGGUCCCACUGAAGAUUGUACAGACCAUUCCUCAAAAGCCGAGCUUUGUCUUCACUAUGGACGACUAUUCGGACGACUCGUUUACUUUCGAGAAGGAAAAAGAACCCGGAAGUGUAUAUCGAUUAUGA